AUGCAGUGCUUCCACAUUUUACUUGCCGCUGCGGUGGUGGCUGUGGUGCGGGGCGCGCCGGGAUCGUGCCCACCGACCCUAUCCGUGGACGUCUGCGGGGCGGUUUGUGGACCGGACGAGCCCUGCAACGACUCCAAGCUCUGCUGUCCCACCGCGUGCGGUGGCGCGAUGUGCGUGGACCCCAUGACGAAGAGACACUUCACGACGAUGGUGAAGAAAGGUACGUGUCCCGAAUACCCGCGAGGGGCUUGGGUCUGCAGUCACACCUGCACCAGCGACUCUGACUGUCCGAGGGCGCUGAAGUGCUGCCCCAACCGAUGUGGAGCCCUCACCUGCCAAAAGCCAGAUCCCGAACCCGUACCGAACACU